GGGGGGCGUCCCUGUGACUGACAUUCAGACUGCAUACAAUCGAUCGGCUAUAUGCAAUCGGUUGUUGAAUUAAUUUUCAAACAAUAGCCCAAAUCUAAGAAAAACUCAGCCCACGCCACCAUGUCAACUAUUACCGUCGAGCAGACUGCAGCCCUUGCAAACAAUUGGCUGCCUUCUUCCGCAGGUAUUGUAGAGCUAUUCGCUCUCUCAGCGGGCUAUUUAACACUUCCUGAGAAGUAUUUUGUGCAUCCAGCCUCUGAGAAUUCUCGACGGACGGUGCCAUCGUUAGCAUUUCUUAUUCAACAUCGUCACCCAGCCACUGGGAAGCUCACUAGGAUUGUCUUCGAUCUGGGGCUGAGACGCGAUGUCAAGAGAUACUCCGAACCAAUCCAACGACAUGUAUCCACGAGACAACCUCUGACAACAGAUCCAGAUGUAGUCAAGAGUCUUGCGGCAGGAGGACUACGCCCUGAUGAUAUCGAUUACGUGAUUUAUUCACAUAUGCACUGGGAUCAUAUCGGCGAGCCUCGAGAUUUCCAGAAAAGUACAUUCGUCAUUGGACAUGGUUCUUGGGACUUGUUCAAACCCACAGAAACGUCCUCUCUGCGGGGAAGUCAUUCCUUCUUUGAGCCUGGAAUACUACCGGACGACAGAACCAUUGAACUAAAUGACGCUGAGACCGUUUCAAAAAACGAGAAAAAGCCUUCUAUUAUCCCGGGAGAUGCUAACUUUGGUCAACCCUGGACUACGCAUUCAGAAAUGGACAUUCACGUCCUUGACAUAUUCAAUGAUGGAACUGUAAAUAUUGUCCAUGCCCCCGGGCAUCUUCCAGGGCAUAUAAAUUUACUAGUCAAAACAAGCUCAGGGCAACGUAUUUAUCUAGCUGGAGACGCAUGCCACGAUCGACGAAUUGUACGCAAAGAGCUAGAGAUAGGAGAGUGGUUAGACACUGCAGGUCAUAUCUGUUGCAUACACGCAGACCGAAAGAAAGCAGAAGAGACAAUUGAACGGAUUCGGCAACUGGAACAUAAAGGAGUAGAGGUUAUCUUUGCGCAUGAUGUUGAAUGGGUAGAGAAUGCGAAGAAUCAGUCGCGAUUUUGGGGGGUAUAGAUCAGUCUAUAUUAAUCUUGUUAGUCUGUAGAUUUAGCUUCUCCAUAAGAAUCAAGUCGGC